GUCAAAACAAACCGAGCGAGAAUCUAAUGAUAGCAUUUCAAUUGAUUCGAGCAAACCGAUGACAAUCAAAAACCUGAGCCUGGCACAAUAAGCGACACAGGUACUUACGGGGCCUAUUAAGGGCUAGAGCUGUGUACAACUGAAAUCAUGUCAAUGGAAUAUAGGCCUAACGCCUGUAGUUUCUAUUAUAUAUUAUUUGUCGCGUUUUUACACUUUAGAAUUACACACGGAGAGCCGAUUACAAAUAUAGGAGAAGCAGUGAAUUAUUUGAUAAAGUUAGAAUACUUAGAAGAGCCCCUGCCUGGAGCCAAUACCGAUGGUAACAAGCUUGAAGAAGCCCUUAUUAAAUAUCAAGCCGUAGGACAAAUACCGCAGACAGGCGAACUUGAUACUGCUACGCUUACAUUGAUGAACACGCCCCGAUGUGGCCUACCAGACAACCAGAAUAACUCUUCAAGAUCAAAGCGCUAUGUUACCGGAACCCCAUGGGAUCGCAAACAUUUAACUUGGAAUAUAGAACGAUACACGGAAGAUGUCUCGGAAAAACAACUCGUCGAAGCCAUCACUACUGCAUUGAAGUAUUGGUCAGAUGCAUCUGGACUUACCUUUGAACGUGCUAAUACCCCAGAUCCAGAUAUCGUAAUUUUGUUUGCAGAACCGUACGUAAACCACGGUGACAAUGUCAAGUUUGACGGCCUGGGCGGCAUUAUUGCGCAUGCUUUCUAUCCGGGCAGCGUUCCCUUGUCAGGUGAUGCUCACUUUGAUAACGGCGAAACAUGGACGGUAAACUCAGCGGAAGGUACCAGUAUUGUGUCUGUUGCAACACAUGAAUUCGGCCACAGUAUUGGUCUGUCACAUAGUUCCGUGCUUGGUUCAGUUAUGUGGCCAUGGAAUAAACCAUAUGACCCAUAUUUACAAUUAGAUAAAGAUGAUAUCGAAGGUGUUCAAUCACUCUAUGGACCACCUUCCAACGUUGUGACCGUAAACCCCAACCCUAAUCCUCCGACAGAAAAUCCAGUCAUGCCUACGCAACAAACAAUUAUGGUUAAUCCGAGCAACUGCCAGGUAUCAUUUGAUGCAAUCACAUUAACAGCUGAUGGUAGAACUUAUGGUUUCAAAGACAAAUACUAUUGGGAAAUAUAUGAUGGCAAGGUAUUGAUCCCACCAAAACGAAUUUCGGAAACAUGGCCUAGAUUACCAUCAAAUUUAGAUGCUGCAUUAACAGUAAAAAAUGGAUAUGUUUGGAAAGAUCGGCAAUACAAGACUUAUUUCUUCACGGGUCGUCAGGUUUAUAGAUACACAUUCUACAGUUUGGAUGAUGGCUAUCCUAAAGACAUAAGUUGGGAAUUUCCCGGUUUCCCUGAGCAUUUAACCGAAUUAGAUGCGGUCGUAGAGGGUAUAGGAAACGGUCAAACGUAUUUUUUUAAAGGAGAUGAAUUCUACAUUUUCGAUUAUAGUCAAACCAUAUCGGGGCCAUUCUCUCUAUUGUCAUUUAAAAGUAUCCCAUCUUCAAUUGUGGCGGGAUUUCAGUUUUCAGAUAACUAUUUGUACUUUUUCACAAGCUUUGGAUAUUAUUAUCAAUUCAACCCCUGGACAUUCACCGUGAAUUAUGGAUUUCCUAAACAGACCGUACGGGAUUGGUUUGGUUGUGGCAUAUCACUGCAAGAAAGGGACGAGUCUGCCUCGGAAGAAAUAUCAGCGACCGAAGCAGCGCUUUUAGAAGAUCCUAAUAUGGAUGUUGAUAUUAACAAUUCCGCCCUGAAUACACGGACAAUAAACUGUCUUACCAUAUUUAAUUCGUUUUUAAUAUCUAUAGUCAUUGGUUUAUAUCAAUAACCAAGUCUGAUAGUUUACUACCGUAUUUAUUACAUCUCAUUCGUAUAUCCUUUUGUAUAUUUUUUCAGAGCAGAUUAAGCUAAACUUAAACAUGCAUUCUAGAAAUAUUAACGAUACAAACUUUUCUAUUUAUAGGCCUAACUUAUAGAAAUGUAUUUCCAAUCAAUGACAUCUUUAAAUAUACUGUGUUAAAAAGUAUAGAUAAACCUGCUGUAUAAAUCAAAUUCAAACAUUGGGAAACUAUAAAAUGAUCAUACAAUUUCAUAAUUUAUACAGCUAAACCAAAAUAGUUUUAAAUAUUAUAGAAAUGGCAUUAUUAUGGCACCCGUUAAUUAGUGAGGAAAUUAUUCCUAUUUUUGAAUCAAAAUUAGUAACUCUGUACAACCUAAAGCCUGGCUUCCUUAAAAUCGCUACACUCACUAUAGUGUUUCCAGUUCAAGCGUUGCACAGCGUGCAAACCCCUACGCAAAUGGGGAGGCUCCCCGAUCCGACCGACCAAUCAGUAUCACCAAAAGCUGUCAGCGAUAGCGUGUAGCGAUUGUAUGGAAACAAAGCUUAAACGAUUCAAAUAAUAUUUAAUUCAAUUUAAGUUUUUUAGGUUAUCAUAGACGGUAUCUUCAAAUUCAAAUUGGUAAUACGUUCUUAGGUCCAGAACUAAUUAGCAAUAUGUAUGAUUUUAUAACCUAGUAUAUAGAACGAAGCGAUUUAUUUAUUUCUGCUGGCAGUGAAAUAAAUUCGCAGAUUAAAUAAUAUAAACAAUCAAGUGGGACAUCUUAGGCCUAAUAAUAAAAACUAUGUGGAUAGAGACACGAGUGGAUUAGAAAUAUGGGUGGGUUGGUGGGGAUAUAAGAAACACAAUUCUAAUAUGACUGUUAAAGUUGAUAUAAUUAUGUGGUAUUAUACUGAAAUGGGUUUCAGGAACUAUUUAAUUGGACAUCAGCAAGAAUAGACAAUUUCCUUUGAUUAUUUCUCCAGGCAGAACACUAGGCCUAUUAUGUACUGAAUGUAUUAUUUGGGUGUACACAGCGAAGGAGAGUUAUAACUUCAAAAGCUCAUUUCAGUAAACUUGGCCUAUCGCCGACUUUGUACAUUGGGCUUCACUUGUGGGAUUUUUUAAACAAUGUAAUACUUCAUGAAGCUAUAGUAGCGCAGUGCAUGCACUACAGUACUAAAGAACAAGACAAAGAAUUAGACAUAACCGCAAGCAGUUUGACGCAAACUUAAUACGCUGCUAAUUCCAUUUUUAGAUUAGUUCACACAUGGCGCUAUUAUAAAUUUAUAGCUCCAUGUUCCACUACUAGCAGACAUCAGAGCCAACCACAGUCCGCAGCGACUGGAUGCAAAAGCAGAGCAAUGUGUUUAACGGAAGACACGGUUAAACUACAUUCACACCGAAUCCGAAUUUUCGGAUAAGAUAGCCUACCGAACAGAUCAGUAAAUGGAAUCAGUGUUUAAGCAUAAAGAAAAUAUAACUAUUUUCUCUAUGGUUUAAGCAUGUGGGGACGCUGGCGUUCAGCGCCUCCGAUGUGAAUGCAGUUUUAUUCUGCGCUCUAGUAUCUCCCGCGACUCCAGAGAGCUACAUGACAUGUAGUUUGUUGGUGCGUGGAGGUGUACGCACUUGCGUUGCUUGCGUUUACGUAACGCGUCUAAUUAGUGUGAACACCAAACUUGAAUUUGUUUUUCCGAUCCUGUUCACGCGGUAAUUUAUGAAGGUUGUUUGAAGAUAGUUGUUUUAAUUAAUGUCUUCCAGUAAUCCACAGUCGACAGAAAUAUAUUUGUACACAUAUAUUAAUUACUUGAACAUGUUGUGUAACUAUUAUAAAAUCAAGAAUUAGGUUUGUUACACCGUAUGACGUAGAUAAGCACUAAUUCCACAUUUUUAUAAAAUGUAAAUCGAGUUAGCGAAUUGUGUGUAUUGAUGAAACCAUUAUAUUUUAAGUUUAUGAAACCAUUAUAUUUUAAGUUUAUGAAAAAAAAAAUUAAUAUUAAUUUUGUUUUUUUAAACAUUAAUAUAAUUAUUGUUAGGACUAUUAUAAUUAUCAUUAAUAUAACUGUUAUAUGAUUGUAAACAUAUUUGAUAUAAAAAUUAUAAUUACCAUAAGACACCGUCGUCAAUUAUCGAAUUGUAUAUAUAGCCAGUAUACAAUAAAAACACAUUUUAUUCAAUAUAUCGGAGAGCAGUUAAUCUAAAAUGCUAGGAAUUAAAAUCAAAAUAAAUCAUAGGCAUUUUAGUUGUCAUAGGCCGAUCCAGCACAAACCAAAAUUGCCGUAUAUUAAACAUUUUAGCGUAUGGUGACUGAUAAAACACAGUAAACACACCCUGAUACAUGAUUCAUUGGUCCAAGCUGUUGUUCAUGUCAUCAUGCGUAACCAAUCAUGACAAGGCACCACAAAACAUACACAAGCAGAACUAAUUAAUAUUGUAUACUGUAUGAUUUAAUGCAAAGUAAUUACAAUUUUAAGAUUAAAAUAAUUUAGCUUUUAAAUUUAUGUUUAUGGGUUGAAUCGCGUUCACCAGAGCCGUAACGACGAGUCACGGGGCCCGAGAACGUGUUGGGGGCCUUAUGUAUUUUUGUAGUCGUUUACGAGAGGCACCCCCCCCCCUUCCACAGUGGAAUAUCAAACAAUACCGUAGUGUAUUAUAUUACUGUUUGUAAUUCUGAGUAUUUAAAUGACAGUUUGUAGUAGACUAUAGACCAUUUGUUCUAGACCAUAAUGUCAAGGUUCUGUUAGGAGAGAGUGCUGUUUAUUAGUAGGGUGGGGAUCUCCGGGGCUCCUUCGAGCCACCCCCCCCCCCACCGCCACGAGUGGCAUAGGCGUUACGCCACUGGCGUUGGAAUAACACUCCUCGGGCAGUUUAUUGUAAAGCAAGGAGGAAUAUCUUAUAUUCCUCCAUGGUUAAAGUGUCAAGAGAUUUAAGUGCUCACACCUGGUUUUGACAACAUUCAUUAUUUUAUGCUUGUAUCAAACGUAAACCUCACGAGAUUACUACCCUGUGAUUGGAUGUGGAGUAGUGGGUAGUGUGCGUACUGUUGCUAUGUCGGCAUGGGCAGCGAUUCGCUAUAGCAAAUCCGGCCAAAAUAUGUAGGGCCUAAGUGAUAAUAUUUUAUAUGCACUUUAAGUAGAUUUUGACCGAGUUUGUUGAAGGCGAAUGGUUACUCUUCUGUUGGCAAGGUAUUUGGCUAGAUGAAAAAAGUUACAAUGCGUACUCUAUACAUCCAGUGACGUGGCUAAAUUUAUUGGCACGUCAAUGUUUUGUGGAGGUACAUGGAUAUAUCAGUUAACAAAGUGAAAUGCUGGCGUUUCAAGAUGUGAUGUGAAUUAAUUCUCAAUUUCUAUUCUGUGUUAAUUGAAUUGCAUACGGGACAUUUUUAAUAAACAUAAUACGAUUUUAGAGACUUGUUUUGUGGUGAAUUAUGUAUGUUGAUACACAAUAAUGUAAAAAAAAAA